GACCUCCUCCCUUGCUUCAGAAUGGGCCCCUGGCUCCUACCCAGUUUCCUGUGAGCUAAGCUAGUGGCAGCUCUUUGUGGGGAUGCCUGGGAACCAGCAGAAACCAGAGUCUUUGGACAUGGACUCUGAUAUGUCACCCAGCGGUGGGCUCAGCGACUUGAGCAGAGGCGGCAGCCUAGAGAGCCGGAGCAGCAGUUCUCGGUCCAGAAGUUUCACGAUGGAUGACGAGAGCCUGAAGCACCUCACACAUGAGGAAAAGGACGUCAUCCUGUUCUUUGAAGAGACUCUCGACUCGCUGGAAUACGACUUUGACGAGCCCACCCUGUGUGACAGUGGCAUUCACUGCCACUCUCCACAGUCUCUGGAGGAGAGCCCUUCCAGUCAUUCUGAGCCUGAAGAUGUCAUCGACUUAGUACAGCCAGCACCUGCGUCUGGGGACGCUGAGAGCCUUCCGGAUGUGCCACCAGUAGCAGGGUCCCCAUCUGUUGCAAAACAGAGCACUCCAUUUCUUGAAGGUGGGAAACAAGCCCCUGAAAAUUCCCUGCCACCACCAGACUCCAGGGGUCCCGAGGUGCUUCCUCUGCCUCCCUCCCUGCCUAUCUCCGCUCCUUCUGCCCCGCAAAAGGAGCUGACGUCCCCCUCUCCUCCAGCAGAGCAUCCCAAACUGCCCCGUUCCGUGCCCACUCCUCUGGUGAUUGCUCAGAAAAUUUCUGAGAAGUUGGGGGGAAAUGAAGCCCUGUCCCCCACGUCCCCCUCAAAAGAAAGCAGGCCUGGCGAAUGGAGGACACCGACUUCUUUAGCCUCUCGAAACGGGGACCAUGUCGGCGUGUGGCACCGACACACAGCCCAGCCAGCACCCAAGGUCCAUCGCUUCCCCAGCAACAUAAGCGUGACCAACAGCGCGGGUAAGGACUUCAACAAGACCAUCUCCAAGGCGGCUGUCAAUGUGCAGGAGCGUAAGGCCCAGGUCCUGGCCAACAUCAACGGUAUGUCCUUCAUCACUGCGGGUGACACGACAUCGGAAGAGAGGUGGCAGAAGGCGGAGGAGCAGAGGAGUGGCCCUGCGGAUGGAGCGCGCACCCUGGGCAGAGUGGGCAUGGCCGGCGAGCCCGGAGCGCUGCGUGCAGGAGUCCCGGUCAGAGCGCAGCAGUCCCGGGCUGUGCAGACGGAGCAGCCGCGGGCGCUGGCCAAUGGCUUCCAGAGCGUGCAUGAGGCCCUGCGCAGCGAGCCCAGUUCCUUCAUCCCCACCAGCAAGACCAUCACCAUCCGGCCAGACCCCUCCGUGACGGGCAAGCUGGCGCGCCAGAAUGCCAGCCGCAGCCUGUACGAACCGCGCCCGGACGGCAGCCAAGAUGCCCGCAGGCGCACAGGCUCGCUCCCCCGGGCGGUGGGCUUCCGGCCACAGGGCAUCACAGUGCAGUUCUCCGGCCGUGGCUCCACCGAAGAAGCACGGCGCGAGGCUCUGCGCAAACUCGGGCUACUGAAGGAGAACUUGUGAGGGCCGUGGAUGGGACUGCUGGAGUGGCCCAGGUAGAACUUGUAUGUCCGCACUGGGGUGUCCCAUUCUGUAAGCACAGAAGCUGGGUGGCACUAAGUGCUGCAUGUCGGGAAAGCAGCUUCUGCCCCAAUCCCCAUGCCCAGUGCAGCAUGGAGUCAAGAGGCCAGCGGGGCAAGGACCCCACCCCCAGCUGUCCCUUUCCUUUUCCGGGGUCCCGGAAUAACUUUAGGACCUAUGGGCUUCCAUGACUUACAUUUGGAAGGAUCAGCUUGGCUUGACUUGGUCCAGACUCUCUGAUCUAGCUUUUUAUCCCACCGGACUUGAAAGCCAGUGUGUAGCUCUCCGACGCUCAGGAUUCCCUCUCCGAAAAUAAAAAAAGAAAGAAAGAAGUGCUUGUUAAAUUUUUAGUGUCAUUAUACAUUUGAGAUCUAGUUGUGUGUUUGUAUUUGGAAGGGUGGAUGUUGGCACUUUACCCAUCAGGGAGGGUUUGUUUCUCGACCUAAUUUUGUUUGCGCUGUUUUCUUAACCAAAAACCCAAAUGAACCCGUUAGGGUAAGAUUUGCAGUAAUUUUGAAUCGUGAGAGUGGGAAAUGAGGUUGAGUUUGGAAAAGGUGGUAGUUUUGAGAAAGCACGUCUCACUUGACUCUAAAAUCCGCCUCCUGGAAUGUGUGUAUGAGUCU